UCUACAUGCUAUAAUUCACUAUGUUUUGGGGUUGUUUGCUAAAGAGGAGGAAAUAUAAAAUGUCCAGCAUACUUGUCCUUCAGUGGGUCUGAUUUAUGCACCGUUUUAAUUCGAUAAUUACACAUGGGCGUAUUAGAUCAUAUUUUCAGCUGUAGAGAUAAUGCAUCAGUUACAAAUUGGAAGACCAUCAGAACUUCAGCCUACAUUUGUGCGACCAUUUCAUUUUGAUGGUAAUUUAUCAAGUUCUAAGAAGAAUUGUUCUAUUCAGGCACAGAAAGCAGCUGAGAUACCAGAAAGGUUUGUUGAAGAAUCUGGACCAGACCCUUGCAUAUUACUUCCAAGUUCUGAAACACUGAAGAACAAUGCUGAAAACUUCUCCAAGAUUGAUUUAAAAAUACACAAUGAUGUUGAGUGUAUACUUAAAUGGAAGGUAACAACAGAAGUGGACAGAGAUCAGAAGGAAAAGAAACUGCACAAUGCUUUGCAGAUAAUUGAAACUCAAAAAAAAUCACUACUUGAACUACAACUUCAGAAUGAAAAAUUAAGUACAAAGUUAACAGAAAAAAUGGAUGAACAUCAUGAUAUUUGUCAAAGAUCAAAAGGAACCCGAGAAUUAUGUAUUGCUUUGAAGAAACACAUUGAAGUUGUACAAGAAAGACUAUCUCAUUGUGAAGAUAUUAAGUCUUUGUUUGAAGAACAAAAUUCUAAACGUUUGGAAAUGAUUCAGGAUAUGAAGAACAAUUUUGAAUAUCUUCGAAUUCAACAUAAAGAGAAGGUGCAAAACUUUGAAGAAAAAAUUUUCAGAGAUAAAACUGAAAAAAUGAAACUACAGAAUGAAAUGACAGAAAUUAAUGUUGCCCAUAAAAAAGAGUUAAACUCACUGGAGAACUGCCUGAAAGCCAAAGAUAACAAUAUCAAUGAUGUCCAGGAACAACUCAAGUUUUUGUCAGAAGAACUGCAGAAAACUGCUCAUGAAAAAGAUGAAUUUGACAAAAUGUUCAAAAAUAGUGAGAUUAAAAUAUGUAGCCUAGAAGAGAGCAUAGAAACCCUAAAAGGUCAAGUGAAGAGCUUGGAGGAUGAAAAAAACAUAGCUAGCAGCUUGCUGAAGCAAAAAGAAUGUAUUCUUGAGGAAGUCAACUCUGUAGUUGAGUCUGUACAAAAGGAGUUACAAAAGAUGACUAGUGAAAAUGAGCAAGAAGUGGAACAUUUGUCAGAGUACUGUAAAGAACUCACUAGUCAACUCAACGAAGAAAAGGCAAGAGUAAAAGAUUUGCAUACACAUCUAGGGGAAACUGAAACUGAAAUAGAAGGGCUUAAAAGUUCUUGUGAUGUCCUAAAAUUGGAAAAAACUCAUUUAUUGAGUAAGAUAGAAGAAUUUAAAAACAAAGAGAAAGAGUCUGAAGAAAAAGUACAAGAGAUUAUAAACCAGUGUAAAGAAGCAGAUUAUGCAAAACGAUUGCUUGAGGAAAAACUUCAAGAAUUAAAUGCUAUGUUUGAGAAGUUUGAAGAUGAAAACAAAACCUUAGAAAAUUCUUUAAAGGACAUGAAUGAAAGUUUUCAGCAUAGUAAGAAAGAGCUAGAAAGAUUGUCGUCUGUAGAGCAAGAACUCCAAAGGGAUAAUAAGGACAAACUAAAGAAAAUUACAGCAUUGGAAAAUGAGUUAGAGAAAAUUAGACUCAAACAAAAUGACAGUAGAAAUACUUUAAAAGACAUCAGACAGAGAAAAGAUUCCUUACAAAAAGAAAAUACCAAACUAAAAAAAGAUAUCACCAAAUUGGAGAAUGAAUUAGAGAAUUCCAAAAAUUUUAAAAGUACACUUCAGUCAAAAAUUGAUUCUAGUGAAGAAGAAAUCCAAUCGUUGAGGGAAAAAUUGAAAUACUUGGAUCUGGAAAAUAAGAAACAAACAGAAGAAAUAGAGAAGUUGGAAGCUUCGCAGAGAAAUAUUGAAGAAGAACUAGAAGAGGUAAAAUGUUCUAGAGAACAUACUGCUGAUGAAUUAAACAAACAAGUAGCAUCUUUUAAAUUAGAAAUAACUUCCAAAAACAAAACAAUUAAGGACCUUGAGAAACAGAUCAAAAAUAUCAAUACCAGACAUAAUUCUCAAUCCAAGGAGCUCAUUGCUAAUGAAAACAACCUGUCUUUGCUGCAAACAAAACUAGAUGAAAAGGAUAAUGAAUGUAAAACAGCUAGAGAAGAAAUUGAAGAAAUUAAAAAACAGUUGCAGUGAUGUAAUGGAUAUCAAUCUCCUGAGCUAACCCUUUUCUGUGUUAUAAAGGGCCCAGAUCUCAGUCCACCAUGCAGUUAUCUCUUGGCAAUACUUCUUGAGUAUAGGAAUCUUCUGCAGAGAGGGGUGACCAAUGAUAACUUUGGAAAGAGUGGUCAGGAGCACUACCCUUGGCUGCUGCCCAGUGAAUUCAAAGGACCUCUUAGGUAGCUUGACUGCCAUAGAUGUGGAAGUCUCUUCCGUCAUCUCUCUUUGAGCUAGUUCUAAGGACCAGUAGUGUCACCAUGCUAUCUGAAAUUCCUUGCCACCAAUGAUGGAAGUGAUGUGACUGGUGGUGAGAUCUUCACAGAUAUCUUGCUUCUCAUGUCAGUAAUCGUUCUAUUAGUUGCUGUGCAGACUAUUCAAGUUUCUGCUGCUAUUGUUGGUGGUGCCAGUUGUGUGUUGCCCUUCAAGACAACUUUAGUACUGGGAAGGUAUUUUUAGUUUAUGGAAUGCAGUUGUCCCACUGGAGGAUAGUGCACAUCUGAUAUCAUCUCCAACUGGUGAUAAGAGUUCCUGUGAUGGAACACCUCAAGAAAGGCUUCCGAUACCUUGACAUCCUUUUUCACUUCUGUUUAACUGAAGUUGGCAGCUGUGGCUUAGCUGCUUCCAGACUCGACCCAACCACCAUGGUGGUAGUGUUCAGAGGGUUCUUCAAGGUGGAGGUUGCUUCAUCCAGCUUGGCUUUUGUGGGUGAAUCUGUGUUCAGCUUGUCUACUCGGAACAGGGAGACAUCAAAGUCAGCUCAACAACCAACUCAGCCAAGUCCUUUAGUCUAAUACACCAGAUAACAGUGCAGAUUUAUCCUUUGUGUUGGAUAUAUAAGACUGUUUAGUGUAAAAAUUAUUUAGUUCAUUUAGUGAUCUAAUAUUUAAUGCUUAUUUAGUUUUCAUAACAAUGGUUAAAAGUAAUUAUUUUAAAUGUGAUAGUUAUAACAAAUUUUGUUAUGCAAGUGGGUAAGAGUUGCAUGUUUUGUGUGUAGUUCAAUUGUUGUAAUUUAACGUUACAUUAAUGGAACCUUCUGUAUUUUUCUCAUUGCCUUAAGUAAGGAUUGUUACAUCAUAGUGUCUCAUAGUUUGAAGGAAGUUCUAUGCCUCUAUUCGGUAGUGUAUGUAUAUAUACAUAACCAAGUGAGUGCAAAUUAAGUCAGAAAACGUUAAGUUAGUGAAAGUGAAGUUAGACUGUGUGAUUGUUAGUUUAGCCUCAACGGGCAAUAUUUAAAGUGGGUUUCACAGCUUAACAGAGAUAACGGAGAAUAAUUUGUCUUGUCAAAGGAUGUUCUAAAGUAAUUGAAUCCACCUGUGUGGAC